GCUUGGCGUUGUGUGUACACGAGUCGAAAGAAACUUUGAACGAACGCGAUUGCGAACACGGCGGCGGUGGCGUUUUCGAUUUUUGGGUUAACGACGGCUGAUGGUGUGUGAAUGGCGCGUGUGGUGUAGUGAAGACACAGGCAAUAGAAACCACAGAGAAUCAAUAAGUGAAAUUCAAUGAAAAGCGUAAGCAAAGAAAGGCAAAAUAAUUAAUUGUUAAAAAUUAACGAUAUUGAGUUGUGCAUUUAAGAGAGUGACAAAGUUUUGAAAGAUAAAAAAUACAAUAAAAAAGCAUAAAAUUACAAAAUCGCUUACAUAAUGAAACCGGUUCCAAGUUGAUACUUGACUGAGAUAUCCAAAGCUCGACGAAAAUUAUAUGUGCCAGGGAGAGCUUAUCCACAAGGAUCUAAACUUGCAGCUUAUAUUUAUAACCACAAAAUUGUAGCGCUUCUUCUCCACACAAGGUCCUAAAGAGCCGGCGAAAAAAUGCUCGUGCCGUCGGAUAUGAUAGCGGCACAGUCCAAAAUGGUCUAUCAAAUGAAUAAAUAUUGCGCGGAUCGCGUUCAGGUGCGCAAAGCGCAAAUACACAAACAAAUACUCGAAGUCUGUCGCAUCGUGCAGGACGUACUGAAGGAGGUCGAAGUACAGGAGCCGCGUUUUAUCUCCUCCCUCAAUGAUUACAACGGUCGUUUCGAGGGUCUGGAGGUAAUAUCGCCGAAUGAGUUCGAAAUUGUCAUUUACCUCAACCAAAUGGGUGUGUUGAACUUUGUCGACGAUGGCACGCUGCCCGGUUGUGCGGUGCUAAAGCUCAGCGAUGGCCGCAAACGUUCCAUGUCGCUGUGGGUGGAAUUCAUAACCGCGUCGGGUUACUUGUCGGCGCGUAAAAUACGCUCACGCUUUCAAACGUUGGUAGCGCAAGCGUGUGAUAAAUGCGCUUAUCGUGAUAUUGUCAAAAUGAUCGCCGACACGACGGAGGUGAAGUUGCGUAUACGCGAACGCAUCAUUGUGCAGAUUACGCCCGCUUUCAAGUGCGCUGGCUUAUGGCCACGCUCUGCUGCCCACUGGCCGCUGCCGGGCAUACCGUGGCCACAUCCCAACAUCGUUGCAGAGGUAAAGACUGAAGGUUUCGAUAUGCUGUCGAAGGAGUGCAUUGCGUUGCAGGGUAAAAACUCCGCCAUGGAAGGUGACGCCUGGGUGUUGAGUUUCACCGAUGCCGAGAAUCGCUUGUUGCAAGGCGCCAGUCGUCGACGUUGCUUGAGUAUUCUGAAAACACUACGCGAUCGCCAUUUGGACUUACCUGGCAAUCCGGUCACAUCCUAUCACCUAAAGACACUGCUGCUCUACGAGUGCGAGAAACAUCCGCGCGAAAUGGAAUGGGAAGAGAACUGCAUUGCUGACCGCAUCAACGGUAUAUUUCUACAACUAAUCUCCUGCUUGCAAUGCCGACGGUGUCCACAUUACUUCCUACCCAACAUGGACCUCUUCAAGGGCAAGUCGCCAGGAGCGUUGGAAAACGCAGCGAAACAAGUUUGGCGUUUGACGCGAAUUAUGUUGACCAAUGUGCGGUGUUUGGAGGAGUUGUAAAGUUGUUAUAGAAUUAAGAAGUUUAAGAAAAAAAGGAAAUAACUUAUAAAUCUAGUUUUAAGCUUUUCUUAAGUUAGUUCGUUCCUGAGUUGCCUAUUUUAGUGGAAAGUAGUGAGAAAAUAUAAAA